CCUCCCACUCGCCCAGCGUGGAGUAUGAAUAGCUGCUCUCCCCUCCGCUCCCAGCACUGCUUCCCUCUCUGCCUUCCUUCCCCCAUCUCCAGAGCCCCGGCAUCCUCCGGCAGCGCCGGCACCAGAGCCCCGGCAUCCUCCAGCAGCACCGAUGCUGAGCACGGAAAGUUUCACUGGGGCGAGAGCCCUGGGCGAGGAGUCGCUGCAGAUGUGGGACCUCAACAAGCGGCUGGAGGCGUACCUGGCCCGGGUGAAGUUCCUGGAGGAGGAGAACGAGGUGCUGCGAGCUGAAAUCCAGAGUGCCAAGGGCAGCCCCGCCGGGGAGUCGUGGCGGGCGAGGUACGAGGAGGAGCUGCGGGCCCUGCGCGAUGCGCUGGACCGAGCCUUCAGGGAGAAGUGCACGGCCGAGCUGGCCAGGGACAACCUCUACGAAGAGGUCCAGCAGGUCAAAAGCAGGUGCCAAAAGGAGCAGGCAGCCCGGGAUGAAGCCAAGAGGCAGCUGGCCCUGGGCAAAAAGGAGCUGGAGGAGGAGAGGAGAGCGCAGAUCUGGCUGAAGGAGAGAGCCGUGCAACUGGAGAAGGAGGUGGAAGCCUUGCUGGAGGUGCACGAGGAGGAGAAAGCGGGGCUGGACCAGGAGAUCGCCAGCUUCUCGCAGAGCCUGGAGACUUUCCGCUGUGCCCCGGUAGCUUUCCAGCCGGUGGAGGUGGAGGAUUAUUCCAAGAGGCUCUCGGAGAUCUGGAGAGGGGCGGUGGAGACCUACAAGACUGAGGUGUCGCAGCUGGAGGGUUCCCUGUGCCAGGCCAAGGAGAACCUCUGGAAGGCGAUGGAGGACAACCAGCAGAGCCAGCUCCAGCUGCAGCACCUGGAGAAGGACCUGGCGGGGCUCAAAGCGCGGAAGGAGAUGCUGGAGGAGAACCUGGCUCGGCAGUGGCAGGAGCAGCAGGGGGAGGCAGAGAAGUUCCAGCUGGCGAUGGAGGCCCUGGAGCAGGAGAAGCAGAGCCUGCGGGCGCAGAUCGCCCAGGUGCUGGAGGACCGGCAGCAGCUCAUGCACCUCAAGAUGUCCCUCAGCCUGGAAGUGGCGACCUACAGGACGCUGCUGGAAGCAGAGAGCACCCGCCUGCAGAUGCCAGCCGGGGAAUACAAGCUGGCAAACGGCUUGCGAGAUCUCAAGCUGGAGGCCAGCAGCAGCAGCAAGCUGGCACCAGUGAACACCGAGCCCAGGCGGCUGCUGCCCCGGGACCCCCGCGCCAGCCCCUCUGGCUUCCCCAGGGCAGAAGGGAGGGGAUGGCCAGCAAAAACCCAAAGCGAUGCCCUGACACCCAAAAGCCACAGCCCCAGUGCCAGGGAGCUCCCAAAAAUCAGUGCCAUCAUCCACACCACAGCGCCGCGGGCUGUCGGUGCAGCCAGGGAGCCGGUAGCCGCCAGUUGCCCCGUGCCGAGCCUCUCACAGCCUGGCAAAGCUGCCCCCCCGCUCUCCCCAGAGCCCCCCAGCCCUGUGCCGAGGACCCCAGGGGGAGACGGUCCCGCCUGGCCGGGGGGAGCCGGGGUUGAGCUGAGCCAGGGGAAGGAGCAUCAUUCUCCCGGAGCCACGGGUGACACCCAGGACACCUGCAGACUGCGGUACCCGGCCCAGCUGGUCAGCGAGGCGCUGGAGGAUGCUCUCAAGGAGAUGAAAGACGAUGCUCAGCCCAAAGAAGAGCCAACACUCAGUGCUGAAUGGGCCCCCCAGGACGCUCAUGCCCCCAGCCCUGUUUUCCCCAUAGAGGCUUGUGGAUGGGCCCCAGCACCCGCCGCAGAUGAGGCCAGCGAAGAACGAGCCCCCUCCGAGGGUGCCGGGGAUGGGGAAGCCCCUGGAGCGGAGGAGGGGGCUGGGGACGCUGUGCUGCAGGGGCUGGGUAUGGAGAGCAGCGCCCUGCGGGACGGAGCCACAGCGCCAUCGGGACCACAUCUCUGCGGCACAGCCGCUUCCCCAAGCGCCGCGGUGAGCUGGGAGGAGACCGGAGCGUGGGAGGAGGAGAUGCCCACCACACCGAGCCCAGGGGAACCAGAAGUGGUGGCCCAGGAAGGGGACAUGAGGGUCUUCAGCCAGGUGAGCACCAGCUGGGAAGAACCAGAGCGAAGGGAGGACAACGUGGAGACCCUGAGCAUGGAGACAUCGCACCCUUCAGAGGAUGAGGAGGGGAGAGGAGCCCAGACCCCUUGCGAGGAGGACGACAAACAGGGCGAAGGGAUGGAUGUGCGAGACUGGGGAUCCCCGCAAAGGGAAAUUGAAAGUGCUGUUGCCGUCCCCGUGGAAAGCCACCCGGUUUUGCCCACAGAAAGAGACGUGGAAGACGUGGCCCUUGUUGAGGAAGAGCAGGAGUUUGAGCAUCAGGAAAUGUCUGAGUGCGACACAGAUCAGACUGCCGAGGAGGAAACAGGGCAGGAGCCGUGCCUGGAGCAGGAGCCCUUGAGCAUCCCUGAGGCUGUCCCGGCAGAAGAGGCUUCAUCAGGGGCUGAAGAAGAAGAUGAAGUGGGACGUGAGGCCCCAGGCAGAGCAGAGAGUGCUGAGGGAGAAAAGGGAGAGGCUGGACCGGAGGCGCUGGGAGCAGAAGACUCCUGGGCAGGAGAUGCUGUGGGAACUGGAGCCCUGGGACAGGAGAGCGGAGCUGGGGAGGAGCCCGGGGACCUGCAGGAAAAAGGCUUUGAGGAAGAGGAGCUGGAGCAGGAGGAACCGGAGCCGGAGCUGGGAGAGGAGCCUUGGAGUGGGGAGGAUGAUGGCAACAGCCAAAAGCCCCGUCCAGAGGAGUGGGUGGUGACAGCAGAGGACACAGAGGGGGCUCUGGGGACAGAAGAGCCAGCCUGGGUGGAUGACACCCCAACAAGUGCAGAAGGGCUGGAAAGUGAGGACAGAGACCACACGUCACCAGCAGAGAUGGAGGAAACCCAGGAAGACGAUGAAGAUGCUGGGAGUGAUGGGAUGAGCCAGCAGCAGCCACCAGUGCCCGAGACUGAGCCAGCUCCAGGGCUGGGGAGGGACGGGCAGGAGGGAACCGCAGAGCCCCCCGGGCAGAAGGGCAUCCAGGAGCCGGUUGGGGGCCCAGAGGAGCCACGGGAGCUGCAGGACGAGGACACCGACAACGAGCUCAGCGCAGAGCUUGGACAGCUGGAACGUGGCAGCACCGGCCCUGCCGCACUUCAGCAGGUGCUGGGUGAUGGAUUGGAGAGCAGUGAGUCGGCGGAGGAGGAUGCCGAGGGAGCGGGAGAGCCGGAGCCGGCACCGGGGCAGGGCAGGAGCGUGGAGCUGGAGGACACGCUGCCGGACAGCACACCCCUGCAUCUCUACGAAGGGGAGAUGUUGGCUGCGGCCACAGCCAGCCAAAACCCUCCAGUGUGUGAGGAGACCACCGAGACAGCCCCGGCACCCGAAAUAGCUCCAGAGGGUGAAGGGUGGAUGGAAGGGAGGGACAAGCCACCAACCCCCACCGUGCUGGAGAGCUGUGAAGAGGAGGCAGAGAGGGAGGCAGAGGGUGCCGAGGAGGAGGAAGGCUACUUCAUAAUUUCUGCUCCCAAACAAGAAGUGUCCAGCUCUGAGGAAGCUGAGAUCUUAGAGGACUUUGAAGAAAUCACAGUUGAAGCAACCGAAGCCAACAAAGACGAACUGGAAGCUCCCAGAGAAGUGUCUCCGGUGCCAGACGACAAAGGGCACUUGGAGGACUUUGUUGGUGAAGCAGAUGAAGAGAGGCAAGUGCCCACAGAAGAACCUGAGAUGCCAAAGGAUGAGGAUGAGGACGAUGCUGGGGGGUUUGCUGCCCAGCUGGAGGAAGGUCCAGCUGCACCCGAGGCAGGUCCCAGCUCCCCCGGGGCUGCGGGGCCGUUAGCAGGAUGCCCUGAUGAGCCAGCCCAGGGUGACACGGGCACACUCGAGGGACCUGGGCACAAAGAGGGCUUGGCUGCUGAAUCAGAUGAGGAGCUUGACGGAAUGAUCGAGCCAGAGAGUGAUGCUGACAGAGCCGAAACGCUUCCAGGCUGCCCCCUGGAGCAGGAGGAGGAUGAGGAAGAGGAGGAGGAGGAGGACAAGCCUGGUACAGCUCACCACGACGCGGCCAUGGAGGCCCAGGAGGUGCCGGUUUCUCCACCGCUUGACCCGACGGAGCAGAUGUCGGAUGAGCAGCCACCAACAGAGGAGGAAGCACCGCGUGGGGACAGCCCGGCCCUGGUUGGGGACGAGGACCCCCCCGAGGCCCACCCAGCCCCACCAGGCGCAGCGCCGCAGCAGGGGGGGUUUCCAGAGGUGAGUGAAGAAAGCCCAGAUGCAGCCGAUCUCUCUGCAAAGCUGCCGGCAGAUGUGAUGAAAGACUCAGAUAUUUUGGAAAUAGUGGAGCAAGCUCUGGAGUACAACCAGGAGUUGGUGAUGGGGGUGAGGGCGGCCGAGGGGCAGCAGCGGGAUCCCAGCGGGACCGAGCUCCCUGGGGACACCGGGGAAGACUCGUCACCCGCCUCGUCCAGCCAGGAGGAGCCGACAGUGCAGGAGGCGACGGUGCAGGAGGUGAUGGCGGAUGCGGCACCGGAGACAGAGGGUCCGGUUCGGGCAGAGAACGGGCUGCACCGGGAGGCCAGCCUGGAGGACCUGGCCGAAUUCACGGAGGAGGUGCUGAACGGCAUCACCGGUGUGCCGCCGGCACAGGAGCUCCCUGCAGACACCACAGACCCCAGCGCGGCGAUGCCACCGCAGCCCCCUACACCUGGAGAUGCCGCUGCCACCAAGCUGGGCGAUGCCACCCCACUCGGCAAGCACGGUGGAGCCGACGCUGUCCCCAUGCCAUCCCCUCUGGGGGACGACGUCCUGUGCCUCAUGGCCGAGCAGCCGCCAGCGUGCCGGCUGAGAGCCGAGCAGGAGCCCUGGUCCUUGGGGGACGAGUGACAGUGGCACGGGGGGACCCCUCCGGUAGCCCCCUCCCCACCCACAGCCAGCACCCUCACCUUGCCCACCCACCCACCUAACGCUUCUCCAUCUCCUUAUGAUUUUUAACACCUUUGUGUGGAUUUUUUGCACCCCUUUUCAGAGUGAAGAACCACCAGGCUCAGUACCCCACCCCUUCCCCCCCCAAAUUCGCAUGCUUACUCCAGGACCCCAGCCUCAUUUUGUGCCCCCCCCCCCCUCCCCCCACUCCAUGGGUUGCCAUGGCCGUAUUUAAUUUAAACCACAUGUUUUCUCCUUCCCAGUGAUUUCUCCCCUUCACCCCCCUUCAGCACAUCCAGCUGGAGGUUGGGGACCCCCCCACGCUGCACCCUGAGACCCAGCGCCUCGGGGUCCCCCAGCCCCGACCUGUCGGUGCUCGUGGGGGUGACCUACACCAGAUGUACUCGAUACCUUGACGUUAAUUUAAUAAAGCCUUGUCCUCCCGCUCAGA